CCAACGUCCUCGCGCGACAAAGGGCGAACGUCCAAGCAGGGAAGGUCGGAUGAGGAGUUUGUCUUGUUCCUCCAGGGAAUCCCAGCGCAUUGCCGCUGGCAGGAGCUCAAAGACCUGGUCCGCCAAACAGCCCUACAUAUCCGACAGGCUGUAGUGUACGAUGACCAGCAUGGAUUUCCAACCGGGCUAGGCCAGAUCAUCGUUAAGAACGAGGACGAAGCGUGGCGAACAUAUCAGAGGCUAUCCACGACCGGCUGGGAGGGCCAAAGCCUCGUUGUGACACUGGCUCGGACCAGCUCGCCUACACGCCCGGUUGCUGGCCCGACGAAGAGUCCCACGUGUUUGAUUCCUGCUAAUUAUAUUGCGGGCUAUUCGACGCCGCCGAGGGUCACGCAGAACAUGGCCGUUCCUCCUUCCCCAAUAUCUCCUGAACCUGUCAUCUCCACGAGUCCAACGUAUCCGAAUUCCGAAUAUGGCCCGGUGAUUGACCUCAUGAGUAUUCCUCAUCAGCAUCAGCCCUUCCUGCCUGUUUUCGCCGACCCAGUCACUCAGCACGCCAUUCCUGCUAUACCACAGUCUCCCGCCCCUCUCCGGCACAAUUUCAGGGAUGCUUUCGCUAUACCCAUCCUCCCCUCCUACCCAUUCCCCGCUGUUCAGCCAUUCGUCGAAGGCCCCAUAAGCACGCGAUUUGGCACCACCGCCGGACGACGAGCCAAUUUCCCCCGUAAACCUAUUCACAACUACCAUUCCGACAAUGUGAACUUCACCUCGCAGGCCUAUCACCAGCCCAGCAGCUCCGCGGGUCCCCCACACUUCUCACCACGUCGUACUAUCUUUGUGCAAAACCUCAGCCCCGCAACGAGUGGCCUGGCGCUGCGUGACCUCUUCCAGGCCUCAGGCGUCGCAAUCGAGCAAUGCGAGGUGCCGCUGGACACGGAAUCUGGACGCUGCAGAGGCUUCGCGCGGGUCACCUUCCGAACUGCCGAGGAAGCCAAACGCACCAUCGCCCUAUACAACGGCUGCACCUUCCUGGGGGCCAGGAUUCGCGUGAAAAUCGACAGG